AUGCCUCCAAAAUCGAGUUCCCGCGCGAAAGAGUUUGCCGAGUUGGACAAGCGACCGGCUCAGGACUACGACCCGGAAGAUACUCGGGACAAGAGCGACGGAGAUGAGGAUAGUGAAAAUGAAAGCGAGGUGGAGCGUGCUGGCACAGAACACUAUGUUUCUCAAGAGCAAGAUCCGGCAAAGGACGCCGUCACGUUAGGACCGCAAUACCGGGGCACACGGGUUUCACGCGAGGCCCUCCAGGACGAUGACGAUGACGACGACGAUGACGACGAGUCGCAGGAAAGCGACGAUGACGAGGAAGGUCUCGGGUCCGGCGAUAAAUAUGACGACCCGGACAAGGCCGACCUAACGGUUGAUAUGAAGCGCCUUGGUGACGAAGAUUUCGAAAUCGACAGCGACGAAGCCUUCAACGACUCUGAUGAGGAAAGGUUUCAGGGCCAUACUUUUCGGGGUAGCUCAAAAACCAAGAAAGGGUCGGGCGAAGGCAGGAAAACAAGGCCGAUCGCUGCCGACUUCAUGACUGAUAGCGAGAAGGAGGACCAGGACGACGCUAUGAGCGAAGACGGUGAUGAAGGUGAUGAGGAUAGCGACGAUGAUGGCGCUGCCCUUGGCUCCAGUGGGGAAGAGGAGGAAGAUGAAGAAGAAGAAGAAGAGGAAGAGGACGAGGAGGACGAUGAGGAUGGGGGCAAUGAGAGCGAAGAAUCUGACGGUGGCGUAGCUCUUGGUUCCGACCUUGAGGAAGAGGAAGAGGAAGAGUCAGACGCAUCGCAAGAAGAGGACGCCUCAAAGUCCGGAUCCCGGUCUGACAAGAAGACAGUCCUUGCAGCCAUUUCAGACUCGGCCAAGCAAGACGCCGGUAAAGGACAAGCCGUCCGGCAACAGCGCAAAAUUUUCGAUGGUCUCCUCAACAUCCGUGUUCGUCUCCAAAAGGCCCUCAUUGCGGCCAACACCUUUGGCCAGAUUGACCAGGCUGACGAUGACGAUGACGAUGACGCCGGAGCAGAAGCCUAUGCCGCAGCGGAGGCAGCGGCACUUAAACUCUGGAGCACCAUUGACGACCUCCGUUCAGGCAUAACGAGCAAGACGAAGACUGGGGACAAGAGGAAGAGGGAUAUUGACGUCUUGACGAGUAAUGAUACCAUCUGGGGCUACAUGGACGAAACUGAACAAGCGGCGAGGGCGAACAGGAAGAAGGUUUUGGAUAAAUGGUCCAACAAGAUCGGGGCGACGACAGUUCCAGUGGGCAACAGGCUCAACCUCGGUGCGACGCGCAGCUCGAUCUCCUCGGUCCUCGACGAGCAACUCCUCGCUCCGGGUCGUCUUCUCUAUCGCUCCCGCGACACCGAGAUUUACGAUGAUGCCGACUUUUACCAGCUUCUACUGAAGGAACUCGUCGACCAGCGAUCGGCGGACUCUGGGACGACGGGUGGGCAGGAAAACGGAGUGGUGACGGUGCAAUGGGCAGCGAUGAAGGAGGCCAAGUCGAACAAGGUUGUGGAUAGGAAGGCUAGCAGGGGCAGGAAGAUGCGCUUCACGGUGCAUGAAAAACUACAGGGAUUCAUGGCAUCGGAGGACAGGCGCUCCUGGGAACAGGAUGCCAUUGAUAGGUUCUUUGGUACCUUGUUUGGGCAAAAGAUGCAGCUCAAUGAAGAUGAGGAGGGAAGCGAUGAGGAGGACGAAGAGAUGAACGCCGAGGAGGCCGGCCUGAGGCUCUUCAGGUCUUGA